AUGCCUCGCUUCGCGAGCCCCCAGGGCGCGUCCAAGCCCUUCACUUGGACGACCGUCUUCUACCUUCUCCUUGUUUUGAUUGCACCUCUGGCCCUGUUCGGCACCACUGCCCAGGCCCAGGACGACUCCGUUGAGAACUAUGGCACCGUUAUCGGUAUUGAUCUGGGAACUACCUACUCUUGUGUUGGUGUAAUGCAGAACGGCAAGGUCGAGAUUCUCGUCAACGACCAAGGAAACCGUAUUACUCCCUCUUACGUUGCUUUCACUGAUGAGGAGCGCCUCGUUGGUGACGCUGCCAAGAACCAAUACGCCGCUAACCCUACCCGCACUAUCUUUGACGUCAAGCGCCUGAUCGGUCGCAAGUUUGAUGACAAGGACACCCAGAAGGACGCUAAGAACUUCCCCUUCAAGGUUGUCAACAAGGAUGGCAAGCCUCACGUCAAGGUCGAGGUCAACAAGUCCAACAAGACCUUCACCCCUGAGGAGGUCUCCGCCAUGAUUCUCGGAAAGAUGAAGGAGAUUGCUGAGUCUUACCUCGGCAAGAGCGUGACCCACGCUGUUGUUACUGUUCCCGCCUACUUCAACGACGCUCAACGUCAGGCCACCAAGGACGCCGGUAUCAUCGCUGGUCUCAAUGUCCUCCGUGUCGUCAACGAGCCCACCGCCGCCGCUAUCGCCUACGGUCUUGACAAGACCGGUGAUGAGCGCCAGGUCAUUGUCUACGAUCUUGGUGGUGGUACUUUCGAUGUCUCCCUUCUUUCCAUCGACAACGGUGUCUUCGAGGUUCUGGCUACCGCUGGUGACACCCACCUUGGUGGUGAGGACUUUGACCACCGCGUCAUGGACUACUUCGUUAAGCAGUACAACAAGAAGAACAACGUCGAUGUGUCCAAGGAUCUCAAGGCCAUGGGUAAGCUCAAGCGCGAGGUCGAGAAGGCCAAGCGUACCCUGUCUUCCCAGAUGUCUACUCGCAUUGAGAUUGAGGCCUUCCACAACGGCGAGGACUUUUCCGAGACCCUGACCCGUGCCAAGUUCGAGGAGCUGAACAUGGAUCUGUUCAAGAAGACCCUCAAGCCCGUCGAGCAGGUGCUCAAGGAUGCCAAGGUCAAGAAGGAUGAGGUUGACGACAUCGUCCUGGUCGGUGGUUCCACCCGUAUCCCCAAGGUCCAGGCUCUUCUCGAGGAGUUCUUCGGUGGCAAGAAGGCCAGCAAGGGUAUCAACCCCGAUGAGGCCGUUGCCUUUGGUGCCGCCGUCCAGGGUGGUAUUCUCUCCGGCGAGGAAGGUACUAUCGACCUUGUUCUCAUGGAUGUCAACCCCCUCACCAUGGGUAUCGAGACCACUGGCGGUGUGAUGACCAAGCUCAUUCCCCGUAACACUGUCAUUCCCACCCGCAAGUCGCAGAUCUUCUCCACUGCGGCUGACAACCAGCCCACCGUCCUGAUUCAGGUGUUCGAGGGUGAGCGCUCGAUGACCAAGGACAACAACCAGCUUGGCAAAUUCGAGCUGACUGGCAUCCCCCCCUGCUCCCCCGAUAAGGGCACUGGCAAGGCCGAGUCCAUCACCAUUACCAACGACAAGGGUCGUCUCUCCCAGGAGGAGAUUGACCGCAUGGUUGCCGAGGCUGAGGAGUACGCCGAGGAGGACAAGGCCAUGAAGAACAAGAUCGAGGCCCGUAACGGCCUUGAGAACUACGCCUUCAGCCUGAAGAACCAGGCCAAUGACGAGAAUGGCCUUGGUGGCCAGAUCGACGAGGAUGACAAGCAGACUAUCCUGGACGCUGUCAAGGAGGCCAUUGACUGGCUCGAGGACAACGCCGCUACUGCCUCCGCCGAGGACUUCGAGGAGCAGAAGGAGCAGCUCUCUAGUGUCGCCUACCCCAUCACCAGCAAGCUCUACGGCUCUGGUGCUCCUCCCGAGGACGACGAGCCUCUGGACCAUGACGAACUGUAA